AUGUCCUCUCAACUUCCAUAGCUGAUGAUAACUGAAUAACCUAUGGAUGAAUACCAAGAUUUUAUCAGUCAUUCACUAUCUGAUGUUUGUUUUUCAGUUAGCAAGUUCUAGAGUAAGGGUAAUAAUGUAAGUGAGAAUUCGCUUGAUUAAGACUACUAAUAAAAUAUGAAUUCAAAUCCUCUCUCUCCAAAUAAUAUUAAUUUAACAAAACCAUCAAAUGAUUCCUCAGACCAAAAAUAAAUUAUAUAGAUGCAAUAAAGACCGAGUGUAAGUUCAACAUAAGAAAGAAUCUAUAAAGACUUUUUCUAAUACUCUUUGAUUCAAAAAUUUGUACAUAGGAUAUCAUUCAAAAAGAAACUGAAUUCAAUGUUUGAUAAGUAUCAUUUCGAUGUGAUUAACGAUCUGGGAGCUACAUUUAAUUUAAAUUUAUUUCGAGAAAAUACAAUAAAAAUGCGACCAAUCAUAGUCAAAUAGGUUUAGAAAAUAGAGAAUCGAUGUUUCAUUAAGUUUAAUCGAUUUCGGUCUUUGUUUCUAUUAAAAUGGAACUUUUUUAUCAACAAAAUUCCAUUAAUAUACCCAGAAUCCAAAUUGAAAAUGCUUUGGGAUGCAAUAGUUACUUUAGCACGAUUUUAUUUUAUCUAUGUAAUUCCAAUGGAUUUGGCAUGGGAAACACAAUCAUUUAUGUUUGACAUCUUAAUCGUACCCACAUCAUUAAUGUUAACUUUAUUGAUAAUAGAUUUUGUAUUAAGUUUUAAUAAUGCCUAUUAUGAAUUUGGAUCCAUUGUAACAGAUCGCAGAAAAAUAGCUCAAUAUGUUUUUACCAAAACAUAUGGAUUAGAUAUUUUGUCAGUAUUGGUUCUGAUAACCUUUUUGAUUAUUUCAGUUGUUUAAUCACAGCAAGUAAGACUAACUGAAAAUUGGUAUCAUCUAUUGUUGUUAUUAUUUCUAAUCUAAUAUAAGAACAUAUCUAAACUAUCAGAACAAGUUGAAGAAGCACUGAAUUUAUCAAAAUAAGUGAGUUCGUUGUUAGAAUUAGGGAAGUUAAUAUUUUUACUCUUCUUCGUUCUACAUAUUUUCUCCUGUCUUUGGUUUUGGGUUGGAACUUAUUCAUAUAAAAAUGAUCACAAAACUUGGUUGAACUUGAAAAACUUAGAGGAAGCUGAUUGGAACAUCUAAUAUUUAUACUCAUUCUAUUUUUCAACAGUUACUAUGUUUACUGUUGGAUAUGGUGACAUCACUCCACAAAGUACUUUCGAAACUGUACUUUGUAUAAUGUUUAUGAUGAUCUGUAGUAUUCAACUAUCCUACAGUGUAAGUACUGUAAGUGCAAUUAUCGAUAAAAUUUCAUUUUACUCAAAAGAAAAAAGAAAGAAGGUUUAAACUAUUAAUACUUACAUGUAAAAUAAGAAUAUAAGUUAUGAGUUACAAUUUAAAAUUAGAGAAUAUCUCAAUUAUUAUUGGUAAUGUAACCAAUAAGAAGAAACAGAAGAGGAAAAGAAUAUAAUUAAUUAAUUAUCAGAAAAUUUGAGAGAAAGUUUGCAAUUUGAAGCAAAUUCUAUGAUAUUGAACAAUUGCCCAUUAUUUAAGAAUCACUUUAGUGUGUAAUUAAAAAAGAAGUUGGUCAAAAAAAUAAAAUCAAUUGUUGUUUAGCCAGAAAACAUCAUUGAUUUUGAUCAUCUAUUUCCAAGUUAAAAAAUGAAUUAGUUUAUAUGUUUUGUAGAAGAGGGAGAAAUCUAAAUUUUUAUAGAAAAUGAGAUGUUAUAAAACCAUGUUUCAUAUAAUUCGAUAUCCAUAGUUAAUACAGUUUCUAAAGGAAGCAGUCUUGGUUUGAUGUCAUUCAUUACUGGAAUUAAAGCAAGGGAAAGAUUUAAAAGUAUAGGCUUUUCUAAAUUAUUAUUAUUGUCCAGAGAUGAUUUUCUAAAAAUUAUACCAGAAUUUCCAGAAGAUUAUGAGGCAUUCAGGGAAAUGCAUGAUGAUUUGAUUUAUAAUUCAGAUUCUGAGUUUCUUAAAUUAGGCUGUUUUUCUUGUAAAAGUGUUUCACAUAAAGUUAUUGAUUGCCCUUUAGUUCAUUUUAUACCUGAUAAGGAAUUUUUAGUAAAAAAGCAUUAAUUUUCAAAGGAUUAAAAAAGAAAUGAAAUGUGUAAGUUCAAAUUCAAAAGGAAUCAAAAAAGAACCCAUAAUUAUUUUUAAGUUUUUAAUGAUUUGGAUCUAAUUCAAGAAACUAGUGAUUUAUUUUAAGCUGAUAAUUAUAAGCAAUGUCUGUUUUAUGAAGAACUUGAAGAUGAUGUUGAGAAAUUAAAAAUUCAAUAAAUAAAUAUUCCUAGACCUUCCUGUUAUUUUCUAUAGGAUUCAAUUAAAGAAGAACCUGAAGAGGAUUUCUUUAUGCCGAUGAAUUUAUUAAAUCAAAGAAAAAGUCAAAUAAAUAAAAUCACUAAAAAAUCAAUGUCUUUGUUGGUAGAUGAUGAUUUAAUGCCUCUGUAGCAUUUCAGAGGAAUAAAUAAAUUUAAGAGGGCAGUAGAAAUUGUUAAAAGUUUAAACAAAAUUAUAAAUAGGAAAAGUUUAAAGGCUUAAACUAAAAAUAUUUUGGCAUCAUUAAGCAACGAAAACUACAAGGAUUCGGAAUAAAAAUAAUUGUUAAAUUCAAUAAAGAAGAGAUUAAAGUAUAUAGAAGAUCACAACAUAGAAUGGAGGGAAUCAGAUCUUUAGGAGAUGGAGUUUUUGAAGAUGAGAUUGUAGAUGUUAAUAUAACUAAAUGCCUAGAAACCAGAAAAAUUUGAUUAGAUAGAAUGCGUUAAAUAAUAUAAGUUUUAUAACAUUCAUAAUAACGUGGAUUAAAUAUUGACCAUUUACAAUGAAUUUUAUAAGGUCAAAUUGAAAGAACAAUAAAACAUUCCUUAAGUCUUUAAGCAAUUUGUCAAAUAUUUGAUGUAUCCCUAUUCAUUUAUUCAUAAAUACAAAUUUAAAUCAGACAAUUUUAAUAUGAGGGAGAUUAAGUAAGAGGAAACAAAUCAACAAAAAAAGAAGAAUCAAUUCUCUAAAUUAUUGACAUUGCAUAAAUAAAGUAAAAAUUUAAGAAAAAAGCUAAAUGUCAAGAAAGCUUAAAUAUAACCACUAUGA